AUGGCCCGUACCAUUCGACUUAUCGAGCCGACAGGCAAACGUCGGCCUGGCUCUGCAUCUACCAGAAAUUCUGCCUCCUUGACCCGCCAAGGAAUCGCACAACGGCACCCGCAUGCCACCCCGCCUGAGUUUUCACAAAGUCACGGAUCCCCAGCGAACUCUCUAGGCAGUCUCUACAGCAAGAAUCUUCUAGGCUCUGCCGCCCUACUCCUAGCUCUGCAUCCGCGCUCAGCACUCAAGAAAAACAACAACACGACUCCUCGUUUUCUCGAAAACAGCACGCUACCGAAGCCCUUUGUUUACCCACGUCGACGACGACCUCAUUUCUUAUUUGGCUGUCUACCAAAACACUUGCUACGACUCCUCUGCAAGAUGGCUUCUGCUCGCAAGAUCCGCGGGCUUGAGAUGCACCCUGACAACAAGAAUCACUUCCAAUUCCGCCGCGCCAACGAAGGUGCUGUGGCUCUCACUUUCACUAUCCCGCGUCGACACAAGUCGCGCCGCGACCUGGAUGACAGCAUCGUCCAGAUUACCAACCUCCUCAGCCAGGUCCGAAAGGAGAUGACCAUCAUGGCCUCCGAAGGGCCCCUUAGCACCGACGCCCUCGGCGACCUCGUCGAGGAGGCCCGAACCAUGGUGAAGGGGGCAGUUUUUGUUAUCACUAGAUUCUACCAUGACCGUGAGGAGGGCCUCCGCACCGCUCGUCAGCGCGAGUACGCCCUGCUCCGCCAGGAAGGCCGCGGCUGUUUCCUCUACCGAAUCCACCACGCCCUUAUUACGAUUCGCUACGACUUCGAAUCCCACGCCUCGCAGAUUCUCGCGAGCCGCGAUUCCCGUAUCGCCAAGCUUCACGACGCUCUCCACAAGGUUGAGGUUCAGAAGCUUGCCCUCGUGGCCCAGGGAGGCACCACCCCUUACUAG